AUUGACAACCAAGAAGCCAUAAAACUUGUAUUUCUCUUUCAAAAUGAAAGUAGAGAAAAUGGAAAAUGUUACAAUAUUGUUGGUGAUAUUCAUGGUCCAAUUCAUGGUACAACCUGGAAAAGCCAUAAUAAAUUGUGGUGAAGUUGAACAUGCCUUGGCCCCAUGUAUAAGCUAUCUUACUCAAGAUGUUCAACCUUAUCCUGCUUGUUGUAAUGGUGUUAGAAAACUCAAAGGAAUGGCUCUAACAGCGACUGAUCAAAGAUCACUAUGUAUCUGUCUCAGGAAUGCUGCUAAGCGUUAUUCAAACAUCAAAGAGGAUGCAAUCCAAACUCUUCCUUACAAAUGUGGGAUCAAACUGGACUUUCCAAUUUCAUCAACCUUCAAUUGCCAAUGCAUCAGCUAAAUGGGAGACCGCUGAGAUGCGUCACUACUAUUCAAUAAAGAAUAGAGAGAAUAUCAACAUAUCUAUUUAAUAAUUUUGCGAACGUUAUUUUCAUUUUACCUCUAAUAUGGCGAUGCAAACAAGAAAAAGGAAAUUAUCAAACUGGUCAUUUGUACUAAAUUAUUUAUGGAAAUUAUUAAACAAGGAGGGCACUUUGUUUUUA